GUGGGCGUGAGCCUCAGCCCCCGCCCUCCGGGCCGCGGCCCGGCCCCUUUAAGCGCAGGCCCCGCCCGGUCCGAGCCGCUGCCACCACCGCCGCCGCCAUCAUGAUCUGCCUGGUGCUGACGGUGCUGGCCCACCUCUUCCCGGCGGCCUGCGCCGGCGUGCACGAGCGCACCUUCCUGGCCGUGAAGCCCGACGGCGUGCAGCGGCGGCUCGUGGGCGAGAUCGUGCGGCGCUUCGAGAGGAAAGGCUUCAAGCUGGUGGCGCUGAAGCUGGUGCAGGCCUCGGAGGAACUGCUGCGUGAGCACUACGCCGAACUGCGCGAGCGCCCCUUCUACGGCCGCCUGGUGGACUACAUGGGCUCGGGGCCGGUGGUGGCCAUGGUGUGGCAGGGGCUGGACGUGGUGCGCGCCUCGAGGGCCCUCAUCGGGGCCACGGACCCGGCCGACGCGGCGCCCGGCACCAUCCGCGGGGACUUCUGCGUCGAGGUUGGCAAGAACGUGAUCCACGGCAGCGACUCGGUGGAGAGCGCCCGCCGCGAGAUCGCCCUCUGGUUCCGCGGCGACGAGCUGCUGUGCUGGGAGGACAGCGCCGGGCACUGGCUGUACGAGUAGCCCUGCCCGCGGGCCCCAGGGGCCGCCCGGUUUGCGACCCGCCUGGAAACGCACUCGGGCCAGCGCUGAGGCUGGCCGGCACUUCUGUUUACAAU